GGGGUGGCGCGCGUGGCCGUUCGUCAUUCGGGCGCGGAGGGGAGACGUCCUUAAUCUCCUGCGCGUCAGGCGCUCCUUCCGGCCGGUUAGCCGAUUUCCUCUGUUUGUGGGUGUAAUCCAAAUCAGGGCUUUUUGUUACCUGUUCUUUUUGGCCUUUGUAAGAGACCGAGAAGAUGGUGAAUGUCCUGAAAGGUGUUCUGGUUGAAUGCGACCCUGCAAUGAAGCAGUUUCUGCUUUACUUGGACGAGUCAAAUGCCUUGGGGAAGAAGUUCAUCAUACAAGACCUGGAUGAAACUCAUGUCUUUGUAUUAGCUGAGUUGGUUAACUUCCUCCAAGAGAGAGUGGGCGAGUUAAUGGACCAGAACUCGUUUCCUAUCACUCAGAAGUAAAGACUAGAGAAGUGAGAUGACUGCGAGUUUUAGAAUAGUGAAUUUCAAUAGAGUGGGUUGUUACUGUUCUGAUAAAUACACUGUGGUUAGCAAGUUGUAUGUGAAAAUGGCUACUCUAGAAAAUGGAUCAUUUUCAUAGAUGAAAUGUUCUUGAAUUGGAUUCUGAUUCUCUCUUUGAAAGAUUAUAUCUUUAUUAAAAUCCUUAAAAUGAUACAUCAAGGACUUGCCUAGAAGAUUUUUGAUGCAUGCUGUGUUCCUUUAGGAUUUUUAUCUUUCUUGUGAAAUGGUAUGACCCUAAAAUUAGAGUGGUGUUUCUACAUUGGAAUGCUAUAUGAACUCUACUGACAUGUUAUAUUCCUGUGGAAUUAAUUAAAUCUGGUUAUAGUGUGACUGACAGAAUGUAAUGAAUGUCUGUUAAAGUAUGAUCUGUGCUUGAUGAAACAUCCCUAUAAGUUGAAAGCAUGAUCUGAUGAAAUCAAAUGCUAAUUUAACAUCAUUGUUUUUAUACACCAUAAUGAAGGUGGAGCUUUUAGUUUUUGUAGGUUUUUUCUUUUUUUUUUUUUUUUUUUUGGUCAAGCAUUUUAUAGAUGCCCUGUAACACUUGCCUAUGUGUCUAAGUAUCAACAGUAGCAAAUUAAAGAGAGAACAUUAAUGAGAGACUUAUCUUUUGAAUGUGACUGCUUGUCAUAUUCUUUCCCACCCUCUGUUCCUCUCAAGCUAAUACCUAGCUGCAAUAAAGUGGGUGAACAGGAAGAGGAAAAGACUGCUUGCUCUAACUAUGAAAAAUAAAAGCUCUUUAUUUUUCUUGUUGAUGUUAUUUCAGCUUAACUCUUCCCUAUUGCCCUUUACAAAGAAAAGAUUUCUUAUGGCUUUGUACUGAGGGUGAAAACAUUUUAGUUUGCAUUUGUAAAUCACUAUCUCACAUUGGGGCAGUAGGUAUAGUAGUAUAUUAUGAUAAGACUUGUGAAGAUUUCCAUCUUAAAAACAUAGCAGAUACAGAAUACAGAAACAAGAAAAAAAAUACGUUAACCUUUCUUCUUGUUGUUGUCCUGCCUCCUGCUCAAAACAAUAAGAUCUCUUGGAUUUGUAAGUGUGGAUGAAGGACUAUUAGGUUAUUACUGUUACAAGGGACAUGUGGUUUUUCAAAGCUCUUCCUCAAUGGACAUCAGAGAGAUGGCAUCUUUUUCUUUGGAAAAACAAUAGUAAAAUAGAAAUGCUUUUAUAAGGAACAGUUUUGCUUUAACUGACUCUCCCACAAUUGCUUUCUUGCUUUUUGAUGUUUUUCAUCUGAAACAUCUGAAACAUGAUUUUUUUUUUUUUUUUUUUUUUUUUUUUUUUUUUUUUUGCUGGAGCGUAACAGAUUCCCAAAGGAAAAAGUCCUGCAGAAUUACAUAUCUUCAAGCUUAUAAAUUUCUAAAUCAGUGAAUAACCUUUGGGAAUUUAAGUUGUGGUGGUGGUAGGUUUUUUGGUUUUUGUUGUUCAGAUUUUUUUUUUGAGGGUUCUUCCCCCUACUUCUGUCUGUUGUACUGAACAAAUACAUUGGUCCAAGUAGUUUGGUCCCUUAGUUCUGCAAGUGGAUGCUUCCACAAUGAUAUAGCUCAAGAUCCAGCUACAUAUCUUCACUUAAAAAAAACUUGAAAUCUAGUACCUAUGUAAAUGAGAAAGUCCCAUUGAAUAGAGAGUAAAAAUGAUUUAUGAUUUUUUUACAUCUGCUGAGGUUGUUCAAACAUUUACUUUGUAACUGUAAUCUUGCAGGAGAUUAUUGGAUGCUCUUCUAAUGAAGAGAUAAGUAAUGAAAUGACAUGAUGGAUGAAUGCAGUUCAUUCUUUCUUUGUCAUCCUAGUAUAUUUUUCAUCCAAACUUUGAAAGGUAAAUGAUUCCUUUCUUCAAAUGAUGAUCUCUGAAAAGUCAUGUUAGAAUUACACCAUCUCUGUUUAGUGAAUCUAAUGUUACAGUAUCAUUGUGAUUUUUUUUUCCUUUUGAGUCUGAAAAAUUUUUUGUAGUUCUCAUCUUUUUUUCUUAGUUAAUUAUAUAGCCUUAUUGUUGCAUUAACUGGAUGUAAGAGUUUAUUUCCAUGUAUAUUUACAGUGAUACAUGGUUCAUGUAAUAAGGAGGGAUAGAAGUUCUAAUCAAUAAACAGUUAUAUGUGA